AUGGAUGUCACAAGAAAUCAACUGAAGCAUGUGAGUGCAGCCACGAUUCAUUUAAAGAACAAGGAAUCAAAAAUUGGUGCAAAAGUUCGAAACCUCAGUUACAAGCUCUUGAGAGCAAAAUCUAAAUUAGAAGCCGUGUCUGCUGCAAAGGAAAAGACCAAAUCAAUAGUGAGUAACUUGACACAAACUCUUGAUAAGCUCAAGUCCAAAACAAAAGCAGCAAAAAAAGAAAAAGACCUUAUAAUAAAUGGAGAGGUUGCAGAAACUAAAGAAGAGAUUAAAAAGGCCUUGUUGGAGAUAAAGGUGAGUGAGGAAAGAUUUCAAGUGAGGGAAGGGAAGGACAACACCAAAGGGUUCCUGCAGCAGACAAGGGAGAAGGUGAAGGGCGCGACCCAAGGUGCUACAGAGACUGUGAAGAAAACCCUUGGCUUGGGUCAGCAUGAUGAAGACAAUCGCAAAAAUUACUAG